ACCCCGGGAGAGAGAACGCUCGGAGAUAAAGCUCGGCCGGAGGCGAGCGGAGACAUUUCCAAGCUCGUCAGCAGUGCGUCGAUUUCCUCGGACGCGCGCACGUUCACGCGGAUGGUCGCGACGAGAAUGAUCGUCCGCCGUGGAAGAUCCUGGGUGGUCCUCGCGCUCGCCACGUGCGUCCUCGUCGCGAGCCUGUCGGCCUCCUCGGGACCGGCGAGAUUCCGCAGAUGGUGGCCCACCGCGAAGAUGCCACUGUGGCACACCAGGCCGACGAUCGUGCGAGUGACGGACGAAUUGCUCGACGACGAACUCAUGUCGCCCGACUGCACCGGAGACCACUGCGGAGACUUGCGAGUGAUUCCCGAUCUCGGCGGGACGCGCCGGAACGAGCUCGCCCCGAGCGAGCGCUACGUCGUUUACCCGAAGCAGUACGAGCGUUUCGUGUCCAGGAAGAGCCCGGGGCACCGUGCGAACAGGCACAAGAGGUACGUCGCCUUCCCGGAGACGCCCCUGCCGAACGCGACCGACUCCUUGGCGACCGGCCGUCCCGCUAACGCGACCUCGCCGAACGGCGACGAGAUCGUUAGGGUUCCGCUGUAUAGAACGCGCAGGCAGGUCGAGACGCCGGCAUUCACCGACAGAACUCGGAGGAGUCUCGCCGACAAGGAUUAUCCCUCGCGGAGGAACGCCAGCGCUUAUUACGCCGAGCGGAGAGCCGUCAUGGCGAGAUUCUACGCUCGUCAGCGCGAGAUUAGGGAGCGAUACGGCGUUAACCGCACGAACUCCAGCCUCGAGGACGACAAGCCGCGGAACGAGGUGGCGAGCAACGUCACCCUGUUCCGACUCUAUCCCCCCAGGAAUUCCAGCUUGACGGACGUCGACGGGGCGACCUUCCGUCACCCUUCCAUCACGAUCGACCCGGUGUACAGCAAUAAUCCGCCGGCCAAGCCGAACGAGCGACCGGUCGUGCCGGAAGCCGACGGCCGCCUCGAACCCCGCGCGUGGAACAACAGCAGCGUCGAGAGGCAGGCUGUGCGGUAUUACUACACCACACCCGCGCCCUGCGCGAACGCCUCGUUGUCCGGCACCGUCGCGCCGAAGAAACGGUCGAAGAACCCGAGUGACUUGGACAACGAUGACGACCAUCGGAUGACCAAUGAGACCGACGGGACCGACCAUAAGAUUUGGGGAGAGUGCAAGGGGAAGGUGGUCUACCAGCAUAACUUGCUCCUGGCACUGAGGGGGGCUUCCUCCAAACUCGAAGCGAUGUUCGAGGUAAUUAUUGAAGCCCCCAUUUGCAUCACUUGCGUGGAGGUGUUGCGAUAUAACCAGACCAGGGCGAAUGUCACGUUCGAAUCUGGCGGACGGGGCCAUGAUUACGUGAAGCUCAAGCUACAGGGCUACGAAAAUGAAGGGUUCUCGUACAUAAUCAAGGUCUGGGGUAUCAAAAAGUUCGGUCCGAACUGCACGAUAUAUACUAUAGAUUAGUGAGUAAGUAAAUUCGCUUUCUCAUCGAGAGAGAGAGAGAGAGAGAGAAAGAGAGAGGGGAGUAGGGAGAGGUGUGACGAUGUUAGCAACGCUCUGCGUGUAUGGAAAAUCUUUAAUAUAUAAAAACAUUGCGUAUCUCAUAAAUAUAUAUAUGUGUGUGUGUGUGUGUGUGUGUGUGUGUGUGUGUGUGUAUGUAUAUAUCGAUGCGUCGUGUAACUUGAAUAAAAAUUCGCUCGGUCCGCUGUCGAGCAUACGAUAUUA